AUGCUCUCAAUAUUACGCAAAGCAAGACUAAAGGAUAAAGAAAUGAGAAUUCUUAUGCUUGGGUUAGACAAUGCUGGCAAAACCACAAUUGUGAAACAGAUUAUGAAUGAAGACAUUACGACUGUUAGUCCGACGUUGGGAUUUAUUAUCAAAACUAUUGAUUUUCAAGGAUACAAGUUGAAUAUCUGGGAUGUUGGCGGCCAAAAGACCCUUCGCUCAUAUUGGAGAAAUUACUUUGAGAAGACGGAUGCGUUGAUUUGGGUGGUCGAUGCCACUGAUCGGCUUCGAAUUGAUGAUUGUCGUGAGGAAUUGGCUGGUCUGUUACUGGAGGAACGUUUAAUGGGUGCAAGCCUACUUAUUUUCCUGAACAAGACGGAUGUUGCAGGCUGUAUGACAGAAAAGGAUAUACACGAGGGUCUUCGAUUAGAUGCCAUCAAAACCCACAAGUGGGCUAUAUUUCCCUGCAGUGCCAUGACGGGCAAGAAUCUACAUGAGGGCCUGGAAUGGGUGGUCCAAGAUGCGAAAGAUAGACUCUUUUUGUACUGA